AAUAAAUCCUCCAUUCAAAAAAAAUCCACAACCCUCCAUUCAAAAAAAAUCCGAAAAGGGUUAAGUCUUUGGGUCUAAACUUUCAAGAAAAAGGUCUAUUCCAACUUCAACUAAUCUUCCAAAUCUCUACAAGUCUUGAUUUAUUUGAAAUGGCUGAGUUCGGAGAUGAAAAUGUGAAUGCCCAUCCAUAGAUUGAAGAGGAAGAAGAUGAUUAUGAUACCGAGAAGUUAAUGUCAUUGGAUUGCCAAGAUCGCUACUUUUCCAACUUGCGGACUAAGAAAUUAUUUCUCGAGAGAGGGAUGCUCACAGACGGGGUUGCGGAGCGUAUUCCGAGAUUCUAUAAUCGCCUAAGGGCCAUCCAUUGGGACUGCUUUGUUGCUCCACCGUGCCAGGCCAAUGAACAAUGUGUUCUCGAUUUCUAUGGGAACUUGAAUAAAGUGAACUUUGAUGAUCCGGUAAUCAAUAUAAGAGGGAAAAUGGUAAGGUUCGGGGCCCAAGAGAUCAAUGUUGUUUACAACUUGUCCAACCAUCCUACCGAGCCGAUGGCUAAUAAGGUUGUUUGUGGAAAUGGGUGUUGGUUAGUGGACACUCUAUGCGGUGAGGGUGCAAAGAUGCCGUGGCUAGGUAAGAAGAUGGGGAUUACCAAUCAUGAGUUCAAUGCUGAGGCCAGGGCGUGGCAACAUAUUCUUGUAAGGCGGGUUUAUCCAUCCUCUAACACCUCUACUUGCACGUAUGCUCGUGCUUUAAUCAUUGCUUGUAUCAUGGAUGGGAUGGAGGUGAAUGUGGGUAAUCAUAUGAUCCGUGAGUUGAAGGAGUAUGUGCACCGGGGUGGCUCGAUUCUGAUGCUUUCGCCCUUGAUUACUAAGUUCUGCAGGAUUGCUGGGGUUGAUAAGGAUCCUGAUGAUAACAUAGUAAAUCCUAAUCCUUCAUUUGAUCUGUGCAGGAUUAAGGGUGAGGGUGGUGCGAUUCCUAGAAAGAAAAGGAAGGUACGGGUGAGCACUAGUCGUGGUUCUCCUCUUUAUCCGGAGGGACCAUUUGGAGAAAUCAGCACCCAGAUCAAAGAUGUGUAUGAUGCGGUGACUCAGAAUCCCAUAAGGUCCACUAGUGUCAGACCCAGUAAGCUUGCAGGUGAUAAAUGGAAAAAGUUCUUUGAUGACCAGAAGGCUUAAGACGAAUCAAGAAAGAAGUUGGUUGCCUUUGUGAAGACAUUAGGGAAGGCUUACACUGAUAUGGCCAAGGCUCAUAAUGACCUCAAGACAAAGUUUGAUGCGGAGAAGGUUAAGAACAAGAAGACUCGAAAGUUCUUGACCAAGAUGUGGGGAGGGAUCAAGGCCAUCUACAAAUGGGCUGACCCAUCGAAGCAGAUUCCGAUUGAUCGCAAUGAUGAGAAGUACUCUUUCUUGUCCUAGGAAGAGGACGUCCAGGCUGCUGGAGAUGAUGCUGCUGCUCAUGAUGGGGACGAUGAGGCCUAGAGUGCAGCCCGCCAUGAUUGAUCUUCCUUCACCCCUAUCCCCCUUUUUACUUGUUGCUUUGGUUGGAUGUUUGAGACAAUCUGUUGUUUUUCUUGUCAGAUAAUUUGUUUUGGAUGAUGGGUGCCCUCGUUGGGACAUUUUAUCAUAGUAUAAUAACUUGUUUUGGUA